GGAGGAGGCGGCGGCGGCGGUGGUGUUGUUGUUGGUGUUAUCGGCGCGGGCGGGAAGCGGCGGGGGCAACGGGGCUGCCCCGCCUCCUCUCCGGUGGCGUAGGACAAUGGAAGAGGCAGCGGCGGGAGCGGCGGCGGCGGCGGUGGGGUGUGCGCCCUGCCCGUCGGAUCGAACGUCGCUGAGCGGAGAGAACGAGGCCGAGAGCCGGCAGGGCCCGUCGGAGCGAGGCGGGGAGGCGGCUCCGCUCAACCUGUUGGACACUUGCGGCGUGUGCGGGCAGCCCAUCCAGAGCCGGCGGCCCAAGCUGCUGCCCUGCCUGCACUCGGUGUGUCUGCGCUGCCUGCCGCAGCCCGAGCGGUACCUCAUGCUGCCCCCCGCCGCCCCCUCCCUGCCCCCCCGCGACCCGCCGACCGCCGCCGCACCCUCCUCGCCCCUCUCCGCGCCACCUUUGCCCCCGCACUGCACGCCCGUCGGUGUUAUCCGCUGUCCAAUUUGUGGUCAGGAAUGUGCAGAGAGACACAUCAUAGAUAACUUUUUUGUGAAGGAUACCACAGAGGUUCCCAGUAGCACAGUAGAGAAAUCAAAUCAGGUCUGUACAAGCUGUGAAGACAAUGCAGAAGCUCAUGGGUUUUGUGUGGAAUGUGUAGAAUGGUUGUGCAAAACCUGCAUCAGAGCUCACCAGAGAGUUAAAUUCACAAAGGAUCAUACAGUAAGACAGAAAGAGGAAGUAUCUCCAGAGGCAGUUGGUGUGACCAGUCAGCGACCUGUGUUUUGCCCUUACCACAAAAAGGAGCAGUUGAAGUUGUAUUGUGAAACCUGUGACAAGUUGACCUGCCGAGACUGUCAGUUACUAGAACACAAAGAGCACAGGUACCAGUUUAUAGAAGAAGCUUUUCAAAACCAGAAAGUGAUCAUUGAGACACUAAUCACCAAAUUGAUGGAGAAGACUAAGUACAUAAAAUAUACAGGGAAGCAGAUCCAAAACAGAAUUCUUGAAGUGAAUCAGAAUCAAAAGCAGGUGGAACAGGAUAUUAAAGUUGCCAUAUUUACACUGAUGGUAGAAAUAAACAAAAAGGGAAAAGCUCUGCUGCACCAGUUGGAGACUCUGGCAAAAGAGCAUCGGAUGAAACUUCUGCAGCAGCAGCAGGAAGUGGCAAGUCUCUCUAAGCAGCUGGAACAUGUCAUGAAUUUUUCCAAAUGGGCAGUUUCCAGUGGGAGCAGCACAGCAUUACUGUACAGCAAACGCUUGAUUACAUAUCGACUACGAUAUCUUCUCCGAGCACGGUAUGAUGCUUCACCAGUGACUAACAAUACCAUCCAGUUUCACUGUGAUCCUAGCUUCUGGGCUCAAAACAUUUUCAAUCUAGGUUCUUUGGUAAUUGAAGAUAAAGAAACCCCACCACAUGUGCCCAAGAACCCUGUGGUGGAAGCAAACUUACAGCCACCAGGCAGCUUGCCUUCAAACCAGCUAUCUAAGUUCCCAACACAGAUAAGCUUAGCUCAGCUUCGACUCCAGCACAUGCAGCAACAGGUCAUGGCUCAGAGACAGCAAGCUCAACGCAGAGCAGGGCCAGUAGCUUUACCAAAUCCAAGAAUGCCAGGAGCCAUGCAGCAGCCGCCAGCUUCUUCUCAUCAGGCACCUCCACGUUUGAUUCAUUUUCAGAAUCAUAGCCCCAAGUCCAAUGGUUCAGCUCUUCCUGCACAACAGAUGAGGUUUCCCCAAAAUCAGAACCUACCAAGGCAAGCAAUAAAGCCCAACCCAUUGCAAAUGGCGUUCUUGGCACAGCAAGCUAUAAAACAGUGGCAGAUUGGUAGUGGACAAAAUUCAACUGCCCUUUCAGCUGCAGGCAGCACAUCAUCUACUCCAUCCAGCCCCACCAUCACCAGUGCAGUAGGAUGUGAUGGGAAGACAUAUGGUCCCCCUAUGAUAGAUUUGAGUUCUCCAGUGGGUAGCUCCUACAAUCUACCAUCUCUUCCUGAUAUUGAUUGUUCAGGAAACAUAACACUGGAUAGUGUUGUAAGGAAAGAUGGCACUGCAGAGCAGAAUCAACCAAAACCUCCUUCGAACAGAACUGUACAGUCACCAAAUUCAUCGGUACCAUCACCAGGCCUCUCAGGAGGAGUCAGUGUGACAAAUAUACACCCUCCAAUUCGUUCACCCAGUGCCUCCAGUGUUGGGAGCAGAGAGAGUUCUGGAUCCUCCAGCAAGCCACCAGGAGCUGAUUCUACACACAAAGUCCCGGUUGUUAUGUUGGAGCCGAUCAGAAUUAAACAGGAGUCAAGUGCACCAAAUGAGAACUUUGAUUUCCCAAUUGUUAUAGUGAAGCAAGAAACAGAUGAGGAACCCCGGCCUCGAAACACCACCUUUUCAAGAAGCAUACUUACUUCAUUGCUGUUGGACAACAAUUCUGCUUCUGAUGAAGCUGUCUUAAGAACAGAUGCACCAGACAGCACAGAUGAUCAACCAGGGACACUGCAGAACACAUCCAGUGGGAAGACAGGAUGGAUAGGCCCCUCCCAUAUUGGCGAGGGCAGGAAAGAGGAUGAUCCCAAUGAAGAUUGGUGUGCUGUAUGUCAAAAUGGAGGGGAACUCCUUUGCUGUGAGAAGUGUCCCAAAGUAUUCCAUCUUUCUUGUCAUGUCCCUACAUUGAUGAGCUUUCCAAGUGGAGAGUGGAUUUGUACAUUCUGUCGGGAUUUGUCCAAGCCAGAAGUUGAGUAUGACUGUGAUAGACCCACUCACGUCUCUGAAGAAAGAAAACUGGAAGACACCGUGGGUUUGGCACCAAUAGACCGUAGGAAGUGUGAAAGACUGCUUCUAUAUCUCUACUGUCAUGAAAUGAGUCUUGCUUUUCAAGAUCCAGUCCCUCCCACAGUUCCUGAUUACUACAAAAUCAUCAAAAAGCCUAUGGACUUGUCAACCAUCAAGAAAAGACUUGAAGUGACCAAUUCAUUCUACACAAAACCAGAAGAUUUUGUGGCUGAUUUCAGACUGAUCUUCCAAAACUGUGCUGAAUUUAAUGAGCCUGAUUCAGAAGUGGCUGAUGCCGGCAUGAAACUUGAAGCGUACUUUGAAGAACUUCUAGCGAACCUUUAUCCUGACAGAAAGUUCCCUGUACAACUCAACUGCCAGAAUGAAAAAGAUAAUUCAGAACUUACUGAUGACUCAGAUGAUGACUUUGUACAGCCUCGGAAAAAACGCCUCAAAGGAGAAGACCGCCAAUUGCUUAAAUGAGCCGCAUCU